AUGGUAGAUAGUAGUCCUGUGAAUGGUAUUGAUAUUAGUAUGUUUCAACAGUGUCGAAAUACUUAUAAGGAUGCUAGUGUACAUUCUACUAGUAGCCUUUCAGGCAAUGUUGCGUUGCAGGCAUGUAAGAAUUUUUGCGAAAAUAUAGAAAAAUUAACAAUUCAGGGGAAACAUUUUAAUUUAAGUUGCAUGGAGCUUUGUAUAUAUUUGAAUUAUAUAAAUCAAUAUGAAGAAAAUAGAAAUAUAUAUUGCAUGUACUUCAACUACAAAAUACAUGAGCUAAAAGAAAAUUUUAAUCUUAAUUGUGAUAGUGUAGAUGAAUGUUAUAAUGAAAUGAUAAAAAAAGUUACUAAUGGAAGCUGGAAAAUACCUGAUGUAUGUAAAGGAUACAUUAACGGAAUUGAUGAAAAGACAUUUAAUGUAAUGAAAAAUCUGGAUGAAUUAUAUAAGAAUUUGGAUUAUAUAUGUAAUGGCGAUCAGACAGACGAUUGGUGUACAAAAUGUAAUGAGACUUACAAAAAGCUUUUAUGUAUAAGUCGAAAUGAAAAACGCAUUAAUUUAAGUCCUGUACUACAAAAAUUUACGAUUGAUUUCAAUAGUUGUAAUAAAUGCAGUAGUUUUGAUUUGAACCUAGAAGUUAUAGAAUCCAAUAUAUGUGAGAUUACAGAGAGAGCCGCAAACAAUAUGUUGAGCAGAGUAGAAAGAACAGAAUCUGAGGAAAUAAUAGAUCCCACUGUUUUACAUUUACAAAACAAAGAUAGAGCAGUACCAAAGACCAAAGAAGCAUCCAUAGCUAUUGAAGUAGAGAAAAAUAUAGACACAAAUAGAUCGACAGUAAUAAGGUUAUUUGCAACCACGGUUGUUAUAACAUUCGCAGUGUUAAUAAUGAUAUUCAUUUUAUAUAAGUAUUCUUAUGCAAAAUGCAAUAAUAACAUUUAUGAAAAGCAUGAACGUAAUAGUAAUAUAUUAAAGUAUAUUGACAAUUGUUACAUUAUAAAUUUAAUAAAUAAAAAUAUAGAUAUUCAUAUUUAA